AUGGACUCGGCUACCGAGGCCUACGCGGAGACGCUCCGGAUCAACCACUUCAAGCCAGAGGAAGUGCCUUGGCGACGCCUUGGGCAGUAUCUAUGGCGCCCCAUUGAAGAUGGGUCCAACACGCAGUAUCGACUGGCCGUCAUCGAGAGCCUGCUCCCACCCAAGUCUGAUGGUCCCGUCUUUCACUUUCAUGAGAUGCAUGACGAGGGCUUCUACAAGGGCACAGUCCGCUUCCACUCCCCGGGCCGCCCCGACGUCGACUGCAAGGCUGGAGAGAUGCUGACGAUUCCCAUUCGCCUGCCGCACAAGUUUAGCAACCCUUUUGACGAGGAGGCUGUCUUCAUCAAUACGGCCACACCCGGUUUCUUUAUUCGCUACUUUGAGCAUCUUGAGGCUCUGAUUGGUAGUGGUAAGGAGCUCACCCCCGAAGCCAACAUUGCUGCUCUACGCCGCUUUGCGACCAUUCCGCUUAGUGAAGAAGAGGUCAAUCGUCUGGAGGAGAUAGCAGCUGCGAAGAAAGAAGUGCAAGACAAAGAAUGA